AUGGCAUCGCACCAUGAAUCGUGGUUUCGAUACCCUCUUGAGCGGCCAUAUCCCUUCCGCUGGUUCACACCUCUCUUCACCGGGAUGGCCGUAGUAGCAGCGGUCUUCUUCACAUUCAUGAAUAUAGCAGCAGAUGGGUACACUCAGAAGGUCGUCUACACGACAGACCCGAACUCGACCCUACAUCAGCACCAUUGGUACAUGGAUGCGCCUUGGUCCUGGAUCAGCACCGCCCAGUUCUCGUGCCAAUCACCCGGUAUCUCAAUAGGAAGCCCUUACUACACCUCAAACCAGGAGACAGCCAGUUACACCGUCACCAGCAUGAACACGACCCUGAUGCCGGACGAGGCCGCUGUCUACGCUGGUCUUACCGCACAGUCCCUUGGCAUUACAACCUACAUGAACAAUACAUUGCGUGACUGCUCGAUGGGCCACAUGCAGGUUAUCUUCACGUCUGGACAAGAACCGAGCUCAGCUGUACUUCAGAUUCAGACUGGACCGGUAUAUUGCUAUAUUGAGACAGACCAACGUGUGAACAUCACGGUGCAACAGUCAUUCAGUGGUACCGAGUUUCUGUUUGAACAGCGUUCCAGUUUGAGUCAAUAUCUAGUAUACAACUUCAUGAAACAAAGCUAUACUGUACUGUUGGAUGCUAUUCAAGCUAUGAACAGCACCGCCGGCUAUACUGGGACAACUCUAGCUCAUAAUCUAACACGCCUCCUUUCAAAAGCUCUGCAGACUUCAGAUAUCUCAGACAUCACUUCCGACGACUUCUUCACAGUGUCGAUCUUGAGCCCUGGAGCGAGUGAAAGUCUUGUCUCAUCCUCAAACAAUAACACGGACACUCCUUUCCCCCUCGCGCAGGGCGAGCCGCGAGAUGUCUCAAUGCUCCUCGACGCUUUCGCGAAAUCAUACUACUCCGCCGUCAUGUGGGAUCUGGCCUUUGAUGACAGCAACGCAUUUUUGAAUGAGACCGCGACGCAGUACUUACAGGCUGCCAUAAAUGAUGCCAGUGGGAGCGAGGCCAUUAGCAACGGCAACCUCUCCAUCCUGGGCUCAUCAGAGCUGCAAGGCACCCCGGCGCAGUUCAGCGUGCAGUACAUCUGCUCUGUGCCUCGCCAAAAGGACACCGGAUCCAUGAUCGUCUCCGUGAUGGUGUCGGACAUCGUGCUCAUCUCUGCCUUCUGGAAGAUCUUCGACUGGAUCGCGCGCAGGUAUCUCAGGUCCCGUGAUCCCAACUGGAAUAUAUGCCCGGGCUGUCUUGAGCGCAACUUCAACUGUGGAGUCGCCUCGCAAAACAACAACAAUGCCAGCAUGCGAGUGUGGCAGCUGGACCAGGAUCCCCUCUGCCAGAACGUAGACGCGGAUCAGCAUACCUUGUAUAACAGUAGCAACAACAAUCAGAGUCAGUCAACAAACCCAGACCCGUACUGGAACAAAGCGGGCGGUACGGAGUCGGUCAAGACGAGGGAGUCGCAGAGCACAAUCAGGACACUUGACGAGAAGUUUAUCAACUUGGAGAAGAUCACAUCUGGGCAGUACCUCGCCGUCUCAUGA